CGCGGGCGUGCGGGUCUCUGAGCCUGCUUGUCGGUGUCUCUCUUUUGUCGCUCCCAGCUUGUCUAUCUUCAUAUCGCACCCACCACCCUGGUCCGGGUUGCACAUCGAUUCUGGGUUUGGCUCGAUUUGCCGCCGCCGGAGCGUCGCCUCCAGAUCGAGAGGGCGCUAGCUCCUGGGUGUCCGAGGGGUGGAGGAUCUCCGCGGGGCGGCGAGCGGGUGUAGUGGGGACGCAGGGGCUUCUGUUCUCCAGGAGCCUCCUUCUUAUUCUCCGUCUCUCCCAGGUCCGAGCAGCCCCCUCGACUACCAUGGCUGCAGCCUGGAUCCCCGCUCUCUGCUUCGGUGUCUGUCUGCUGCUGCUGCUGCUGCUGCCGGUGUCGGCGAGCAGCCAGGGAGCCGUUCCCAUCGCUAUCACAUGCUUAACCAGAGGUCUGGACAUCAGGAAAGAGAAAGCGGAUGUCCUCUGCCCAGGGGGCUGCUCUCUUGAGGAAUUCUCCGUGUUUGGGAAUGUAGUAUAUGCUUCUGUAUCAAGCAUAUGCGGUGCGGCUAUCCACAGGGGAGUAAUCAGCACCUCAGGGGGACCUGUGAGAAUCUACAGCCUACCAGGUCGAGAAAACUAUUCCUCAGUAGAAGCCAAUGGCAUUCAGUCUCAAAUGCUUUCCAGGUGGUCUGCUUCUUUCACAGUGACAGAAGGCAAAAGUGCUGCCCAGGAAGUCACAGGACAAGCAGUGUCCACAGCACGUCCAUCAACAGGUAAACGACAAAAGAAAACACCUGACAAGAAAGCUGGCAAUAAAGACUGUAAAGCAGACAUUGCAUUUAUGAUCGAUGGAAGUUUUAAUAUUGGGCAGCGCCGAUUUAAUCUACAGAAGAAUUUUAUUGGGAAAGUGGCUCUAAUGUUGGGAAUUGGAACUGAAGGACCACAUGUGGGCGUUGUUCAAGCCAGUGAACAUCCCAAAAUAGAAUUUUACUUGAAAAACUUUACAUCAGCCAAAGAUGUUUUGCUUGCCAUAAAGGAAGUAGGUUUUCGAGGGGGUAAUUCCAACACAGGAAAAGCCUUGAAGUAUACCGCUGAGAAAUUCUUCACACCAGAGACUGGAAUGAGAAAAGGGCUCCCCAAAGUGGUGGUGGUAUUUAUUGAUGGCUGGCCUUCUGAUGAAGUCGAGGAAGCAGGCAUUGUGGCUAGAGAGUUUGGUGUUAAUGUAUUUGUAGUUUCUGUGAACAAGCCUAUCCCAGAGGAACUGGGGAUGGUUAAGGAUGUUGCAUUUAUUGACAAGAUGGUCUGUCGGAACACUGACUUCUUCACUUACCACAUGCCCAACUGGUUUAGCACCACAAAGUAUGUCAAGCCCCUGGUACAGAAGCUCUGCACUCAUGAGCAAAUGCUGUGCAGCAAGACCUGUUACAACUCAGUGAACAUUGCCUUUCUAAUUGACGGCUCGAGCAGUGUUGGAGAGAGUAAUUUCCAGCUCGAGCUCCAAUUUGCUGCCAACAUAGUCAAAAUGUUUGAAGUAUCUGACAUUGGUGCCAAGAUCGCUGCUGUACAGUUCACCUACGAUCAGCGCAUAGAAUUCAAUUUCAAUGACUAUAAUGUCAAAGAGAAUAUCCUCGAGGUUAUCAGCAACAUCCGCUAUAUGAGUGGCGGAACAGCUACUGGUGAGGCCAUCGCCUUUACCAUGAGAAGCGUGUUUGGUCCCGUGAGGGACAGCCCCAACAAGAACUUCCUGGUCGUUGUCACAGAUGGGCAGUCCUAUGACGAUGUGCUCGGCCCGGCCGCUGCCGCACAGGAUGCAGGUAUCACCAUCUUCUCUGUUGGUGUGGCUUGGGCACCUCUGGAUGACCUGAAAGAUAUGGCCUCUAAACCAAAGGAGGAACAUUCUUUCUUCACAAAAGAGUUCACAGGAUUAGAAGCACUUGUUCCUGAUGUCAUCAGAGGCAUUUGUGGUGAUUUUGUAGCAUCGCAGCAAUAAUGGUGACAUUUUGACAACUGAAAGAAAAAGUGCAAGAGAACAUAAUGUAUGUUAUAUUCGCCUAAUACUGAAAUACUAUAGAGCAUACUAGGAUCUGAUACAAAACUACUAAAGAUGCCAACAGCUGUAAGCAAAUAAGCAUUAAAGCUACUACCUUCUAAUUACAAUUUAGAUGUAAUUGUUCAAAACACUCUGCUAAGGCUUCAUAAUCGUGACCCUUAGAAACUCAGGAAAAAGGAUAUAUUGUGGAUUGAAAUCUUAAGAGUUCUAUUCUAACAUGCGUAUUAAAUGUGUAUAUGUAUAUAUAUGCAAAUUGCAUAGCUCAAUAAAAUCUGAUAUUUAGAUCAAAAGCAA